UGGUCCUUGACUGGUUUCGUUCCAAUAGUCGUGUUGAUCCUUGCGACCUCGUUACGGAUUCCAUGGAUCCGUCACCGCAGAACUCUUCCUCCGCCGCCGGUAAUGGCGGUCUCUCCACCUCCGCCUCGGCCACACCCAGCCCGGCCCCCAACCCGACUUCAGCCGUCGCCUCCGCCCCAGUGGACGAGGCGAAGCAGAACCUCAAUCAGGUUAUCAACUCCAUCGACAAGACCCUCGGUCUCCUCCACCAGCUCUAUGUAACGGUAUCCUCCUUCAGCGUUGCCUCGCAACUUCCUCUCCUCCAAAGACUGAACGCCUUGGUAUCGGAGCUCGAUGCGAUGCAGAAGAUGGCGGACAAGUGUGACGUGCAGAUCCCUUUGGAGGUCGUCAAUUUGAUAGAUGAUGGGAAGAAUCCAGAUGAGUUCACUAAGGAUGUGAUAAAUAGUUGUGUUGCCAAAAACCAGAUGACCAAAGGAAAGACUGAUGCUUUUAAGAGUCUUCGAAAGAAUCUUCUUGAGGAACUUGAUCAUGCUUUCCCAGAUGAAGUAGACAUGUACAGGGAGAUCCGCUCUUCUGCUGCCGAAUCGAGGAGGCCGGCACAGUCCCUGCAAACUUUACAGAAUGGAGAUGUGAAAAUCAAAUCAGAGUACUGAGGAAGUUAGAUAGUGCUUCGAUUCUGUGCAAAUAGAUUGCAACCUUGUACAAGGUUGUUUACCAGUACUCCAUAUGUAAUUACGAAACUAUCAUGCUUCCUACCAUUAUUUAGUUCUUGAGCUUCCUUGCUCAUCAAAUUUUAAGUCCAACGGAAGUUCUUAA